AUGUUGUCCUUAAAUAACAGGAUCACAGAGAACGUCAAUGGGCGUCUCGCGUUCGCCUCGACUGUCAUGAUGCUAUCCCAGAUCAACUUCGGAAUGGAUCUCGUUGCAUUCUCCAACACUCAAGCCAUGACCUCAUUCAACAAAAAGUUUGGUGCCUACAACGCAAAGCUUGAACGAUAUGCUUUGGACCCAUACUUCCUGUCGCUCCUGAACAGCCUGACCUACGUCGGUCAAGCCUUCGGUGUUAUCACGGGUGGCUGGAUUGCUCGACGCUGGGGACGACGGGCUUCGUUCUGGGUCAUGUCCGUGUGGGCGGUUUUGUCUGCUCUCUUGCUCGUUACUGCCCAGAACAAAGAACAGGUCCUCAUCGGUCGCAUUUUCAACUAUGUGUACCUUGGUCAGGAACUUGUUACAGUUCCCGUGUUCCAGGCAGAGAUUGCCCCUCCCAAGAUUCGAGGGAUGAUAAUCGGCACGUUCCAGCUUGGUACAAUGGUUGGCGCUUUCAUAAUGGCGUGUAUCACCUACGGGACAAGCAAAUUGAGCUCUGAAAGUGCAUUCCGCAUCCCCUUUGGUAUUUUCUUCGUUAUCCCAGUGGUGGUGUUCACGGGCUCUCUGUUCAUGCGCGAGUCUCCACGCUGGCUUUUAGUCCGAGAACGGCCUCAGGAAGCUUUGGAAUCCCUGCGGCUAUAUCGAACGGGCAAAUUCACCGAGGAGGAGAUCAUGGAAGAAUACCGUGACCAAGUGGCCAUGAUCACUACCGUCACCCAUGACAAGGGCACAUUCAAAGAAAUGUGGCAAGGCAUCAACCGCAAGCGAUCGCUCAUCGUCAUUGGUUCCAACAUCAGCAUUCAGAUUAGCGGGCAGGGGCUGUUCAGCAAAUACGGCACCAUCUUCCUGACCGAUCUCCACGGACCAAAUCCUUUCCAGAUGUUCCUCAUCAACACUUCACUACAGAUUGUGGUCAUCCUGGCUGCCAUGUACCUCUUUGACAGAAUUGGUCGCAAACCACCGUUGAUUAUCGGCUCAAUCAUUCAGACUACUACUUUCCUUGCCGUUGGCGGUCUCGGCACUAUAUCAGAUCCUAGCAAAGGGGUCAAGAUUGGUCUCACGGCCCUGUUUACGGUCUUCUAUCUAGGCUUUGUGUUUGGUUGGGGGCCAAUAUAUCAUAUUAUUUCAUCUGAGAUACCGACCUCUCGAAUGAGAGACAUCACCUACACUAUAUCCAGCAUCGUCACCGUUGUCACGCAAUUUGUCGUCUCUUUCACCAUUCCCUAUCUCUUAUAUUCCCCAUAUGCAGAUCUGGGUUCGAAAGUUGGCUUUAUCUUCGGGCCAAUUGCCUUUCUUACCCUUCUCUUUGCCAUAUUUUGCGUCCCAGAGUGCCGCGGCUUUUCUCUCGAGGAGAUCGACUACCUGUUCCGCCAACGAGUGCCCAUCAGGCAGUUCCGCAAACACAAGCAUGGCCAGAUUCUCCCAGAGCGAGACGCUGACAAAGAAACUGAAAAAUCUGGAGAAGGUCCGUCUAUUGAGUUGAAAGAGGUUGCUGAGAUGUAA